AUGUGGAAGACUCCACCACAAGAUCAUCCGUCUGCUGAACCGCAGCAUCCGUCGUCGUCGUCGUCUCUGUCGUCGUUAUCGCCAAUGACGUCCUCGAAUGACCCGCUUCUUACGCCACAGUUCUGUUUUUCAACAUCCACACUUAAGGAAUUCCUCCGUGUCUCCCGUUCCACAACCGAUGACACUAUCUCCCAACACCUCUCAUCCCUCUCCCCGCCACCGACCUUUAACCCCUCGACAACGUCCCGGCGAACCCCCUCCCAUCGUCUAAUCCCGCCGCCAGCCCUCUCCACCUUUCUGUCAUCGACAGUCUACCCGACUUGGUCUAAACGGUCCGAAAUCCUAACCUACUGUGCUAUUGUCGCUACCUCGCCGGAUCCGAAUGAUCCGAACCUGGAUGUCAUAUCUAAAGAAACCGAAGCCGAGAGAUCUAGGAUAGUGGAUGAACGACUUGAUCCCUAUUCAGGCAGAUUCUUCCCUACAGAGACCAGGACUCAGGUUUUAGCUGGGGUUGUGAGGAAUGAGAGGGGUGUAGAAGAGAUUGUGAGAGAAAGAACAUGGGAAGUAAUUAAAAGCCGGAGUACAGACGGAAUGGGCGGCAAGACGUGGAAAGAGGCUUACGAGGAAUGGAAAACGUCAUCAUAA